CACAGGUUCACAGGGAGCCUGGAGCCUAACCCCGGGAACUCAGAGCACAGAGCGGGGGACACCCUGGAUGGGGUGCCAACCCAUCACAGGGCACAAUCGCACACCCGUUUACACACUUACAGACAAUACAGAGAUGCCGAUCAACCUACAGCACGUGAUUGGACUGGAGGACGUAACACCUAGAGGAAACCCCUGAAGCACAGGGAGAACAUACAAAUUCCUCGCAUACAGCGCAGAAGCGCGAAUCGAACCCCCAACCCCGAAGGCGUGAGGCAAACAUCCUAGCCACCAAGCCCUCUGGAUAGAUAUAUAUAUAUUGUUGUAUUUUAGUGUGCUGAGAUAAGCAAAAAUCAAACUGCUGCAGAACGCCUUAUCGGUUUCGAUCAAAGAAGGUGAUACGCAUACUUCGUUUUUGCAUUUCUGAUUUUCAGCUUUCAGACUUUGCUCUUUUUUUUUCGGCAAAUCAAGAAAUCCCAUUUCAGUUCACAGAGCAGUUCGAGAUGAUUCAAAACCGUUCCAUCUCAGAUUUCUAUUCACAGUUCUCACGGCACACGUUACACAAACUACCAGUUUGACCAUCAAGAGGCCUGUGUUUUGGGAGCUGGACAAACUGGAUUGUUCAGCAGGGUCUGCUAGAAAAACAGCAUGUAGUAUCUGUCUACACGCUCUGUAUGACUGAUCUAUCCCUAACCAAAUCAGAUAUGGAAAGAUUACAUUAAUGCAGGUUCAGCUGAGAUUCCUCCCCUCCCUUUGCUGCUUUGAAUCCGCCCAUAUUAUUUGGGUGUCAGCCUUGUUCUGGUUGGAGGGAGGGGGACUGGUCAUAGAGGUCCGAUGCGUCACGUUUAUUCGGGCCUUGUGGAGCCCCGCCGGCUGCGCGUCGUCCGACUGUGUUUGUUUUGGUUUUGGGUGUUUGUUGUUUUUUUUUUUUUUUUUUUUUCCAGAACCGGAACCUCUUUUGUUUUAUUCUCUCGUGCAUUGUGGAUCCAGCCGGAAAAUAAACAAGGUACACUGCUUGGUGAAGGUUUUUUUUUUGUGCAUAUAAUGUAACAAGAACUUGCGUUCGUCAACGACCCGACGUAUUGGGACAUUUUGAAAUUAACCGAGGUCCUGUGAGAGCUGAAGUCAUACAUGUACAGCGGAAGGAUGACCGAGGCAUGGCAGCAGCAGCAUGCAGUCGCCCCUCCUCCUGUUGCUCAUCCUCUUCUUCAAGGGGCCGAAAAUCCUCUCGGUAGCGCCGUGUAUGGGAUCGUCCUUCCGGCAGACCCUGCUUUACAGCAAUCGCAGCACGGUCAGCACAGCCAGCAGCACCCCGUGCCUGCUCAACAGCCAUCCCUGCAAGUUGGGAGCGAGGGCGGGCACAAAUGUGGAGCGUGCGGCCAUGAUAUAUCUCACCUGGCGAACCCACAUGAGCACCAGUGCAUGGUGAGCCAGGACCGCUCUUUUCAGUGCACCCAGUGCAUGAAGAUCUUCAGUCAGGCCACUGAUUUGCUGGAGCAUCAGUGUGUCCAGGUAGAGCAGAAACCGUUUGUCUGCGGCGUGUGCAAAAUGGGAUUCUCCCUUCUCACUUCUUUGGCGCAACAUCACAACGAGCAUUCGAAUGGCAACAACCCUAUGAAAUGCUCCAUUUGUGAGAAAACCUACAGGCCAGAUUCCUCCUCCUCAAACCCUCAGCAGCCGUCAACAGGCGAGACCUCCAGCAGUGGAGCAGCAAUGGGCUCCUCUUCGUCCACUGAUUUUCAAAACUCCGACAGGCCCUACAAGUGUUCGGUGUGCUCGAAGGCUUUCCGACACCUAUCUGAGCUCUCUCGGCAUGAGCGAGUGCACACGGGCGAGAAGCCUUACAAAUGCAACACCUGUGAGAAGAGCUUCAGCCAGGCGUCUCACCUGGCGCACCACCAGCGUACCCAUAGUGCUGACCGGCCUUACAAAUGUGCAGUCUGUGAUAAGACCUUCAAGCACCGGCAGCACCUCGUGCGCCACAUGUACGCCCACUCCGGCGAGCACCUGUUCAAGUGCAACUUGUGUGAACUGCACUUCAAGGAGUCGUCUGAGCUGCUGCAUCACCAGUGCCAACCCGCAGGCGAACGACCCUUCCGUUGCACGACGUGCGGGAAGACCUUCAAACGGCCGUCGGACCUCCGGCAACACGAGCGCACCCACUCCGAAGAAAGACCAUUCCAAUGUGAAGAGUGCCAGAUGAGUUUCAAGCAGCAGUACGCCCUUGUGCGCCAUCGCCGCACUCACAAAAACCCUGCCGAACGUCCUUUCAAGUGCAACCAGUGUGACAAGGGCUUCCUCCAACCAUCCCACCUUCUGUACCACCAGCAUGUCCAUGGAAUUGAGAACCUGUUCAAGUGCGCCGCUUGCCAGAGGGGCUUCAGACAGUCUGGGGAGCUGCUUAGGCACAAGUGUGGAGAAUCCGGCUCAGGCGCCAACGCACCCGAGAAACCGUACAAGUGCGACGUGUGCGGCAAGGGCUACAAAAAGUCGUCCACCCUUCAGCGACACCAGAACUCCCAUUGCACCGAGAAGCCGCUCAAAUGCUCCUUGUGUGGUCGGCGCUUUCAGUCAUCGUCCGAUUUCGUCCAGCAUCACUGUGAUCCUGCCCGCGAGAAACCAAUGAAGUGCUCGGACUGCGAGAGGCGCUUUAAAUACUCCUCGGAGCUCCAGAGACAUCGCCGCGUCCAUACGGGGGAGAAACCUUUCAAGUGCCCAACCUGUGACAAGGGAUUCAAGCAGCGAGAGCACCUGGCCAAACAUGGCAUUGUUCAUUCACGGGAAGCUCAGUUUAAGUGCGUGUGGUGUGGGGAGUGCUUUGGGGAGCUAGGGGCUCUUCAGGAGCACACAGUCCAACACACUGCAGAAGGAGGGGGCUAUCCAGUGGCCCCGUGCAUACAGUAGUGGUGCUCCAGCAACCUUAGCCUCCCAUCUUGUUUAACGAAGCCACGAAUAUAUAGUGCUUAUAUGAGAAACUUGCAGGUAUUCUAAAUGUGCUAUAAUUUAUUGAGGUUCAUUUCAAGACUCACAGCCUGUGAUGUAGUUUUCAAACUCUCAGUACCAGUAUUUUCCAGCCAGGCCUUAAAAAUAAAAAAAAUUAAAAAAAUUUUAAAAAAAAAUUUAAAAAAAAAGCUUAGGUGCAAAAUACAGUAAAAUGUCCAAAACGUAUUUAAAAGUUUAUAGGAUAUACAUUCAAGGACGACUAUUCUAGAUUUUUUUUUAGCACUUCUUUCUCAAAUAUUUGAAAUCUGAAAUUCAAAUACAGUGCUGUUGUAAGUGCUUGUGACCGAUUGCAUUUUCACUGUUUUAAUACUAACAGACUUAGUUCAGUUGUUUUGCUAGGAGCGGUUCCUAACAUGAGAAAUUGGAUUUCACUGGCUGGAAUUAUUAAUGAGGCAUGUGACGGACAGUGUUACUUUUUUCCCAUCUUGUACAGUAUAUGUACAACCUCAUGCUUUUUACCUGCCAUAGUACUUGUGUAUAUAUAUAUAUAUAUUAAGGCAAACUGCUCCGUAUAGUAACUACCGUAUAAACUCCAAUGCCCAACCCAUUAUGUAAUAGGGUAUGUGUAUGCAUGAAUAAUCUAAAAUCGCUAUGUUAGUAUUUUAUGUUGUAAACUGUAACUGGUGCUUAUUUGUAUGUUGUCUUAUAGGCAAAAGAACCACGUUAGUUACUUUGAAGUGAUGCAGUUGUAUGUGACGAGUGUAAGUGGUUAAUUCAUCCCUGCAGUUGUCAUGGCUAUUUAUACAUUUAUCAGUAACAUUAAUACAUUUAUACAGUUUAAAGUUUGGACUUAUAUUUCAGCUGCCCAGUAACAGCACGUCUGUAACAGCAAUAUAAAACACACACACACACACAAAAAACACGCACACACAAGCAGGUGUUACUACGAUGCUCUAUCAUCUUCAGUACUAUUCAGAAAUUGAUGUUUUGUAAUGAUUUUAGUACAAUAAUACAAUUUAGUGUCUGUAUCUCCACCAUACUGUAAACUAUAUGUCCAUGAUCAUUCCUCUCUAAGGACAGGUAUUACUUUCUUAAAGUGGAUGUAGUAGGAUUAUUUUACCUUUGAGACAUUUUGUUUUAUGUUUUUUGUUUUUUUAAAAAAAUCCCAUUUAUACAUGCCUCUGAAAAGUGUUGGUGAUGUCCCUUAAACAUUAGGUUUGUAUCCUAAUAUUAAAAAAAAAAGUCUAGGAAUCAAAAGCACCUUGGUUGUAUUAAGCAAUGCUACAAAGUUUGUUAGUUCUAGUUAGACAGAACUACACCUUAAUCAACCUUAAUCAGCAUAUCAAUCACUGCUGAUCAUGAUUAUUUGGAUGAUGCCAUGACAGUCAUGACAGGCAAGCAUCCUGUAGAGGCGUAAUAGGAAAUAAUAUAUUAAACGUUUGCUAAUUCUAACAAAGUAGUCAUUUGUACUUUUCAGGAGCAACCCUAUUAAAAAAAAAAUUCUUCACAAUGUCCAUUUGUCGUUACAUUUAGAAUAGGUAACUAACUGAGGUAAUUAAUAAGAUAUAGGGAUGUAGCCUGCUCUCCUCAAGUCUAGUACCUAUAAACCAUUCUCUAGUUUUUUGCUCACUUUAACCUUUUAACAUUUUUAAGUGUUUUUAAAGAUUGUGGGGCGACCGAAAUAUGUAUAUAUCUCUAUAUGUAAUAAUUUGUCCUAUCUUUGCACUUGUAUGUAUUGUGACCUUAGGCUACAUGGCAUUAACCAAUAAAUGUUUGCAAUUAUAUUUCUGUCAGUUUUCUGUCAGUCAUGUAAUAAUUGGUGUCGCCACAAGAGUGUAGACAUUUUUGCACACCUUCAGAGAUUUCAAAUCGUUUAAUCAGGCUUUUUUUUAUUUUUAAAUAAAUAAAUAAAUAGCUAGAUAAAUAAAUAAAUAAAUAAAAAUACACCGUCGCCUGGAAGCUUAUUGAGCGC